CGCGAUCUAUCUGGUUAGAUAAAUCCUCUACGCGGCUUCUCAAUCGGCCAUUUCGUCUGUGCAAGGCCAUCAGCCAGCUAGGGCAUCGGGGAAUCUGCGUGAUACUGGUAACCUGAAAGGCACAUUAAAAACAUCGCAACAUGAAUGAAACAGCUAUCUCAUUCGCCAAGGACUUCUUGGCUGGCGGCAUCUCCGCAGCCAUUUCCAAAACAGCCGUCGCCCCAAUCGAGAGAGUGAAGCUUCUCCUUCAGGUCCAGCAUGCCAGCAAACAGAUUGCUGUCGACCAGCAGUAUAAAGGCAUCGUUGACUGCGUUGUCCGCAUCCCCAAGGAGCAGGGCUUCCUUUCCUUCUGGAGAGGCAACCUUGCCAAUGUCAUCAGAUAUUUCCCCACCCAGGCCCUCAACUUUGCCUUUAAAGACAAGUACAAGAAGAUCUUCCUCGAUGGCGUCGACAAGCGCACGCAGUUCUGGAGGUACUUCGCCGGUAACCUUGCCUCCGGAGGUGCUGCUGGAGCCACCUCCCUCUGCUUUGUGUACCCCCUCGACUUUGCCCGUACCCGUCUGGCAGCAGAUGUGGGAAAAGCAGGAGCCGAGAGAGAGUUCAAGGGCCUGGGUGACUGUCUGGUUAAGAUCUCAAAAUCAGAUGGUGUUAAGGGCUUGUACCAGGGCUUUAACGUGUCUGUGCAGGGCAUCAUCAUCUACAGGGCUGCAUACUUUGGCAUCUAUGACACAGCAAAGGGUAUGCUUCCAGAUCCUAAGAAUACCCAUAUAUUGGUGAGCUGGAUGAUCGCACAGACUGUAACGGCUGUCGCUGGCCUGACUUCAUAUCCAUUCGAUACUGUUCGUAGACGUAUGAUGAUGCAGUCUGGACGCAAAGGAGCUGACAUCAUGUACAGUGGUACCAUCGACUGCUGGCGCAAGAUUUUGCGCGAUGAGGGCGGAAAAGCUUUCUUCAAGGGAGCCUGGUCCAACGUGCUCAGAGGCAUGGGUGGCGCCUUCGUGCUGGUGUUGUACGAUGAGCUGAAGAAAGUCAUCUAAAUCUUCAUGUUGUCACGUCACUGUCCAAUUUGGCUAAAUGUAUUAACUUACCAUUUCUAUGGACAUUGCAUUCUGCCUUAUUUAUGGGAACAACUAGCAUCUCACGAAGUAGCUGUGAGAGGUGGCUGUAUGUUGUGCAUCUUUGAUUUUAAAACGUUCCGCACCCUCUUUACCAAUGUCAUUCCAGAUAUAAAAAGAAAAAUAUGAAUACCUACUUGUGUCAUUCACUAGGUUUGUAUGGUCCCAACUUGAAUAAAUCUAUCCUGGGGAACAACCUUUAA